AUGGCCCCCUUUAAGACCUCCAUCCUGCAGUCUGAGCGACUAUUUCCCAAGACGAAACUGGACUCAGAGCAAACGAUAGCGCUGUCGCUGCUGGAUGCAACCACUGUGAACUUUGCGCCCACUUGCUUGAGCUGGCUGUGUGAAGCCCCUGAAAAUACUACGGGAUGCGGCGAGGACUUCAGCCUGGCGGACCAUCUACGCCAGUCGCUGCGAGUUGCGUUGGAUGCCUAUCCGCAAUGGAGUGGUCAGAUUACUGCCAUAACCACAAUCGACAGCACAGCAGGGCCUUCAUUUCCCUCUGCUUCCUCCUCUUCUUCUUCCCGUCCUCAUGCGCAGCGCUUUGGACGAGUCCAUGUCCACUACGGGACGUCUCAGGAUGCCGGCGUCGAGUUCACAGUUGCCGAUAGCACGGCCACUCUGGGUGCUCUCUAUCCGGCCUCGCGAGCAACAGACAAGCCUGCCUGGAACCGCCAGGAGAUACCACUUGACGAAUUCAUCCCCUCAAUAGCGCUGUCCAAUGCACUGCAGCCUGCUACUGAGAGUACUAGUGCAGACGAUGGCCGUGUUGUCUCCCUCCUCCCGCCGCCCUUGCUGGUAGUCCAGCUGACGAACUUGGCCUGUGGCGGCUUCGUUUUGACCGUCAAGUGCGCCCAUCCGCUGGCCGAUAUCCAGUCUCUGGUAUACUUUGUAAAGGACUGGGCCAGUGUCAGUCGGUCAGUCCUCUCGAACACCCCGUGUCCAGCCCUGAAGCCUCAGUUUGAGCCUGGGUUGCUAGACUCUCUGGCCGCAGGUGACAUCGAUGCCAUCGAGGCAGACACGGCUAUCAUUCAGAAGACUAAAAGCAUGCCUCUUCAUCGCUACGACUGGUGGGCGCCUUCGCCCGGUGCCCCUUGGCCCGUCAAGGUGCCUGACGGCCUGGCCUGCAAGACGAUAUCUCCAGCCGGCAAGCCAAUGCCGUGGUCUGAAUGGAAUGUGGCCGAGCCCGUCUCACACUAUGUUGUGCACUUCAACCGGCGCCAGGUAGAAGCCGUAUCAAGGGCAGCAACAGCCACUGGACUCUCUCAGGGCACAGGCGCAGUCCAAACCCGCACCAGCCAGCACGAUGCCAUCCUGGCUCAUGUCUGGUCAUGCAUCAACCGCGCUCGCAAGCUAGAAGAUGACAAGGGAGACAACCGGCCAGUGCACUGCGAUCUCGUAUACGGUGUACGUCCUGCCUUCAAGCUUGACAAGUCCUUCAUGGGUUCACCCAUCAUCAUGGUCAACGUAGAGAUGUCAGCAUCAAAGCCUCCCGCUCUUCAGGCCAUCGCACAACGCAUCCGCCAGACGAUCACGGACAUCAGCCAGCCGGAUCUUCUCGCCGCACACCUUCACAGCGUGGCCUACGAAGAGUCGCCGCAGCGUAUCUGGCAGGCCUUCCUGGGCCGGCGCCAUAUCCUGGUAACGACCUGGGCGCGCGCGGGUAUCUACGAGGUUGAUUUCGGGUUCAGCUCGUCGUCUGCUCCCAGUAUUCGGUAUGCAGAGGGCGUCGUCCCCGACAUGGAUGGGAAUGUCUUGAUAAAAGAGGCGCCUCCCUUGAAGAAGACGGAUCUCUCUGAUGGAAGAAGCUCCUGGACUGCAGAUGGCGUGGAUGUUUCUCUUCGCCUUCGGGCUGAGGACAUGGACCGCCUGCUUCAGGACCCUUUGCUCUUCCCGCUGUAUGAAUAG